AUGCUACUAGGUAGGGGUAGUGGAGGAGGUAGUGGUGAAGAGGAAGGGAGUAGUGGGAGGGGAGGUAGCAGACGUUUACGAGAUGAUUUAAGGAGACAUACCCUGUCCUCAUCGGAGCAUAGGUAUGCUCAACUAAGGAGUGUUGAUCUCGAGUCACCUCAGCCUCGUGGUUAUCCUCCUCCCAAUAUGCUUCUCGAUGAUGACCCUGGGAUUAUGUCGGAAGUGGAGACUUCUUCAACAGGUUUCCGCCGAGGAAACCGUCAAAGAUCAUCUCUUCCAGUUGUACGCACCACUUCCAAAACUCUUGAGCGUCCAUUAGGAGUUAAAACAGCCGCUAAAAACUACCAGGACGGUAUUUUGGAACCUGUUGUCAAGGCUCUAAACGAUACUCUGUUUGCUGGAAGUCAUUGCGUUUUCCUGCAAGAUUCCGCUCCAGCUCACAAGGCCAGGUCAGCUCAGCAGUGGAUGCAAAAGAACAUUCUAGAGUUCAUCUAUGGCUUGGAUCGGACCUCAGAAAACCCUGAUCUCAGCCCACUAGAUUAUCGGCUUUGUUCCGAACUGGAGAGGAUGGCAUGCCACAGAGCAUACCCUAAUUUGGAAAACCUCAAACAAUCUCUGUUCCUAGCAGUUGAGCGUUUUCCUUAA